AAGAUUGCAUGUUUCAUGACAUUUUUGGGGAUGUACCUUGUAACGUUAGUGGGGAAUCUCGGAAUGAUCCUGUUAAUCUGGAUUGACCCUCGACUUCACUCUCCCAUGUACUUUUUUAUCAGUCACCUGUCUCUGGUUGAUCUUGGUUAUUCCUCCGCUGUCACUCCACACAUGCUAUCAGACUUCUUAAGGAAGGGUAAAUCGAUUUCUUUCAGCGGCUGUGCUGCCCAGAUGUAUUUUUUUGUCAUCUCCGCAAGCACAGAAUGCUAUCUUUUGGCAGCGAUGGCUUAUGACCGUUAUGUUGCCAUCUGUAACCCGCUACUCUAUGUGGUUACCAUGUCACCCAAAAUCUGUGCACAGCUAGUGAUCGGAUGUUACUUCAUGGGUUUCGUGAAUGCAACUACCCAGACCGUUCUGACGUUCCGUCUACCCUUCUGUGCCUCCAAUGUCAUCAACCACUUUUUCUGUGACCUCCCUCCCCUGCUGGAACUGUCCUGCUCUGACACCCACAUGAACGAGACCGUUCUUCUCCUGUUUGCUAUCUUCCUGGGGGUGUUCACAUCUCUAGAAAUCCUCCUCUCUUAUAUAUUCAUCCUCGCCACCAUUUUGAGGAUUGGCUCUGCAGAAGGGAGGCGCAAAGCUUUUUCUACCUGCACCUCCCACCUCGCAGCUGUGACCAUCUUCUAUGGGACCACGGUCUUCAUGUACAUGAGGCCGAGCUCCAGCUACUCCCUGGACUCAGACAAAGUGACCUCUGUGUUCUAUACAGCGGUGAUCCCCAUGUUGAAUCCCGUGAUCUACAGCCUGAGAAAUAAGGAAGUGAAGAAUGCCAUGAGCAGACUUAUCAUGAAAAUGUCUACA